CCCAUUGAACACAAGCCUAGCGUUGUCUUAAAUUUAAUCGAGCUGGAGAAUGCUCUUGCACAGCCACUAUUAAUGAAUACAUUCGCACACACAUACGAUUAGGCUGUGUUUUGUCAUGUGUCGGGGAAAACACGAAUUCGUCUUCACCAACAAGGAUACGGCUACGUUGCAUCUGUUACAGCUGAGCCCCAGCUGUUUGUAGAUGCAGAUAACAUUGCUUUUUGACGCAGUCUCUGUUCAUUUGCCGACGUCUCUCGAAGAUGAAUGCGACGGAUAUGAAUCAACUGCAAUUGUCAAUGACUCUGCUUGUCGGACAAAUCACGAUGCGAGAAGAAUAAAUAAAUAUGGCGGCUGGCUUCUGAUAUUAUAAACAGAAUUAAAAAAAAGCCUCGACAUCAUCAGCAUUGCCUAUAUCGUGGUUAAAAUGGAGUAGAAAGAGCGCACGCAACGUGAUCAUGGGGUAUAAGAUCACUGGAGCGGGGAUGGACCGCGUGAGCCAGUUAUGGCGGCUGCGGCGCCGUGCCCGCAGAGGGGCACUGUGCAUGGCACUCUUCUGCAUGAGCAUGGCCGUGCUCUACACGCUCUGUGCUGAAAACAGUGUGCCCGUUACGGAUGCCAUCUUUGGGGAACGGGCCAGGACCCGCGCUCAGCCAAGAGCACACUCUCUUGUCAAGGUGUUGCGAAGUGGCGGGUCAAAGCCCAUCUACGUUGACCCACAAAAGCUCCCCGGGGUUGUCCCUGGUGACCCGCGCCGACCCAUUCCCGUACUCUCCUCCGUCAACCACUCCUUGGAGACGGACCACCACCGGGACGUUCGCCCGAGGCCCAAGGAUCGCAAGCCCCACGGUGGCUUCUUCUCCUGGCUGCCACGGCCUUUCACCCGCGCCAUUGAGACCUUCUUCGGAGGCCGGCGCAAGGGUGAGCUGAGCGGCGCCGGGUCGGACACUGAGUUCUUUGGGCCAAAUGGCACCCUGGGAGAAGUGUGGGAUGAUGAGAUGUCGAGCACCAUGCUGGGGAAGAGGCUGAGGAAGGUGGUGCAGAACUAUCAGGCGAUGAACAAGUAUGGGGUGCAGUUCGCUGACGUGGGAGCUGGGGCUCGCCACCCCAAGCGCUCCGGCCCCGAGCUGCUCUGCCAGAUGAAGGACACUGUCUCCAUCACCACCCUGACCCAAGAGAUGGAGCCCUUUGCCCACUUCCCCUGGGCCACCCUGCUGCCUCCCCGGCCCCUGAACAUGGACAUCGGGGCAUUCAAGACCUGCGCUGUGGUGUCGUCGGCAGGAUCCAUGAAGAAUUCUGGAUUAGGCAAAGAGAUAGAUGCCCAUGACGCUGUAGUGCGGUUCAAUGCUGCCCCCACAACUGGCUUUGAGAAAGAUGUGGGCUCCAAAACAACAAUUCGCCUCAUUAACUCCCAGGUGAUGGCGCCGGAAGACCAUCGGUUUCUGUCCAGUUCCCUGUACAGCACUGGCAUCUUAGUGGGCUGGGACCCUGCCCCUUACUCCUCAGACCUGAGCGAAUGGUACAACAAGACAGAUUAUCCCAUCUUCCUGCAAUAUCAGCGGUACCGUCGCCUGCACCCUCAACAGCCUUUCUACAUCCUGCACCCACGGGUGGAGUGGCAGCUGUGGAAUCAGAUCCAGGAGAACAUGGCAGAACCCAUCCAGAAGAACCCCCCCUCCUCUGGCCUAUUAGGCACAGUUCUGAUGAUGUCAUUGUGUGAGGUGGUGCACGUCUAUGAGUUCCUGCCGUCUCGCCGUAAGACCGAGCUGUGUCACUACUACCAGCGCUUCGUCGACGCGGCGUGCACGCUUGGGGCCUACCACCCCUUGCUCUACGAGAAGAACCUGGUCAAGAGGAUGAACCAGGGGCUUGACCGGGACAUCUACACCCACGGACGGGUCACUCUGCCAGGUUUCAGCACUUUGAACUGUACCCGUGGCCUCCCGGCUGCCAUGCACUGAAAAAAGAAUUAAGGAAUGAAGAAGCUCCAAAAAAAAGACCCACCAUCAACACUGACCACAACGCCAAAAAAUUUGCUUUGACACUUAGUUUAGCAAAUCACUUCAUUGAAGACACAACAGAGUGAACAACACUGCCUGAUAACACGACCAUGUAAUAUGAAUAUGCAACAGCAUGUGUAAACCACUAGGAGGUCUCCUAGUCUAGUGUGUUGAUCUCCUACUGAAACGUUUUACUCCACACAUGGUCAGAGACCUUGUGAGAUAGCUUUAUAGGUCCCCUGGCAGUGCAAACCAGCGUUAUGUUUGGUGAAGUGUGGCAUUUCUCUGGCCAACUGUCCAGACCCUAACAAGUCACAUGUAUAGCAUCUGUGAAUCUCACAUCCACCGACGAAUGGAUAAUGCUCUAGCUAUGAGCAUACCAUUAUUGCUCAACAUAUAUAGAGAGCAGUGGGAGUUGACACUGCCAUAUCUAAAAACUAUUACAGUAACAAUAAGCAACAAUGAACAUACACCUUUACCCCUCUAAAUCCAAAAUAAGCAUGUUUGUGUUUACAGUUUACAGACAGCAUGUCAUAUUGCAACUUUACACUCUGAACGAAGGAUACAAUACAUUUUGUUUUCAUUUUGCUUAUGCUCUGAGCAUACACAUUUUUGAAUGUGCACUUUCAUAGUAUAGGCACUUAAUUUCUGUGCAAUAGGCAUGUAAAUACUCUCACAUCAGUGAUGUGAAUCCAGUUCAUGUCACCUUCUAUAUGCUCAGUGGAGCUAUAAAGUAUGUGGCAGAAACUGCCGUCUGUUUAAACUUUCUGUUUCCUGCAGCUGCUACCACUCUUACUGCACUGUGUGACCUAUGUAUGCCAAAUAAAUUCACUAUCAGUGAGACCUACUGGAGCAUUUUCCAGCAAGGCGUUUUUGCAUUGUUGAUCAACUACCAUAGUGACAUGGUGGAGAGACACAGUUACUAUGGUAGUUACUCAACAAUGCUUUAGGUGGAACAGGGGCCAGCAUGGUACUUUUUUUUAUGCAGAUUUACUUAUUUUGUGGUUGCCUACUAUGAUAGACAUUGGUAGAGCUAAGGGGGGUAUAAAACAGGGCAGCCGUGGCCCACUGGUUAGCACUCUGGACUUGUAACCGGAGGGUUGCCGGUUCGAGCCCCGGCCAGUGGGCCGCAGCUGAAGCGCCCUU